CCUCCAGCUUCUGCCCUGCCUGCUGUGUGCAGACCGUCCAGUGACCACCAUGGUGAGGCUCGUGCUGCCCAACCCCGGCCUGGACUCCCGGAUCCCGUCCCUGGCUGAGCUGGAGAACAUCGAGCGGGAGGAGGCCAGCUCCCGGCCCCAGUGGGACAACAAGGCGCAGUACAUGCUCACCUGCGUGGGAUUCUGCGUGGGCCUUGGCAACGUGUGGCGCUUCCCGUACCUGUGUCAGAGCCAUGGAGGAGGAGCCUUCAUGAUCCCGUUCCUCAUCCUGCUGGUCCUGGAGGGCAUCCCCCUGCUGUACCUGGAGUUCGCCAUUGGGCAGAGGCUGCGGCGGGGCAGCCUGGGCGUGUGGAGCUCCAUCCACCCGGCCCUGAAGGGCAUAGGCCUGGCCGCCAUGCUCGUGUCCUUCAUGGUGGGACUCUAUUACAACACCAUCAUCGCCUGGAUCAUGUGGUACUUCUUCAACUCCUUCCAGGAGCCUCUGCCCUGGAGCGAGUGCCCGCUCAACGAGAACCAGACAGAGUAUGUGGAUGAGUGUGCCAGGAGCUCCCCUGUGGACUACUUCUGGUACCGAGAGACGCUCAACAUCUCCACGUCCAUCAGCGACUCGGGCUCCAUCCAGUGGUGGAUGCUGCUGUGCCUGGCCUGCGCGUGGAGCGUCCUGUACAUGUGCACCAUCCGCGGCAUUGAGACCACCGGGAAGGCCGUGUACAUCACCUCCACGCUGCCCUAUGUUGUCCUGACCAUCUUCCUCAUCCGAGGCCUGACACUGAAGGGCGCCACCAAAGGCAUCAUCUUCCUCUUCACGCCCAACGUCACGGAGCUGGCCAACCCGGUCACCUGGCUGGACGCGGGCGCACAGGUCUUCUUCUCCUUCUCCCUGGCCUUCGGGGGCCUCAUCUCCUUCUCCAGCUACAAUUCUGUGCACAACAACUGCGAGAUGGACUCGGUGAUCGUAUCCAUCAUCAACGGCUUCACAUCGGUGUACGUGGCCAUUGUGAUCUACUCCAUCAUUGGGUUCCGCGCCACGCAGCGCUACGACGACUGCUUCAGCACGAACAUCCUGACCCUCAUCAACGGGUUCGACCUGCCUGAAGGCAACGUGACCCAGGAGAACUUUGUGGAGAUGCAGCGGCAGUGCAACGCCUCCAACCCCGCGGCCUACGCGCAGCUGGCGUUCCAGACCUGCGACAUCAACUCCUUCCUCUCAGAGGGCGUGGAGGGCACAGGCCUGGCCUUCAUCGUCUUCACCGAGGCCAUCACCAAGAUGCCGGUGUCCCCACUGUGGUCCGUGCUCUUCUUCGUUAUGCUCUUCUGCCUGGGGCUGUCAUCUAUGUUUGGGAACAUGGAGGGCGUCGUUGUACCCCUGCAGGAACUCAAAGUCAUCCCCCCGAAGUGGCCCAAGGAGCUGCUCACAGGCCUCAUCUGCCUGGGGACAUUCCUCAUUGGCUUCAUCUUCACACUGAACUCCGGCCAGUACUGGCUCUCCCUGCUGGACAGCUAUGCCGGCUCCAUUCCCCUGCUCAUCAUCGCCUUCUGCGAGAUGUUCUCUGUGGUCUACGUGUACGGUGUGGACAGGUUCAAUAAGGACAUCGAGUUCAUGAUCGGCCACAAGCCCAACAUCUUCUGGCAAGUCACGUGGCGCGUGGUCAGCCCCCUGCUCAUGCUGUUCAUCUUCAUCUUCUUCUUCGUGGUCCAGGUCAGCCGGGAGCUGACCUACAGCAUCUGGGACCCUGGCUACGAAGAAUUUCCCAAAUCCCAGAAGAUCUCCUACCCGAACUGGGUGUAUGCGGUGGUGGUGAUUGUGGCCGGAGUGCCCUGCCUCACCAUCCCUGGUUAUGCCAUCUACAAGCUCAUCAGGAACUGCUGCCAGAAGCCAGGGGACCGUCAGGGGCUGGUGAGCACGCUGUCCACAGCCUCCAUGAACGGGGACCUGAACUACUGA